AUGAGUAAUUCAUCAAAUCAAGAAUAAGAUACAUAAUUUCUUGAUUGUACUGAUGUGUUUUCAUCAUAAGAAUAGUAGUCAUAUGAUGAAUACUAAGUUGAUAAUAAUUCGUAAAUUUAAUUUAUUAAAGACUCUAUUGAUUUGUAAUAAAAUUUAGUUCAUCUUAUUUUGAAAGAAUAAAAUCUAGUUAUGCCUUAAUUAUGUGAAGCUUUAUCUUUAUGUAAAAAUUUAAAAGAAUUAACUAUUAGCACUACUGAACUUAAUAAGGAAUAAAUUGAAUAGCUAUUUUAAGUCCUAUAUACAAAUCCAAAGUUAAUAUCUUUAAAAAUAGAUAACAAUACUGAGAUUAGGGAAAGUAUUAUAACUAUUUCAGAAUGUCUCAAAUAUUUAAAUUUAAAAAAUAUUUAAAUCUAUAACUUGUCUAGUAAUUAGAUGGAUAUUUAUGAUAUCUAUGGAGAAGCUAUUUUGUCAAAUAAGAAUAUACUGACUAUUGAUCUUGAUCUUACUUAUGGCUUACCAGUUUAUGGAAUGUACAUGUUAGUUACUAGUGAAGAAAUAUUUCAAAAAAAAUGGUAUAAACUUUUUAAAAGAAAAUUAAAAAAACUCGUGGCAUUUCGUAUGUAAUUUUAUUGA